AUGAACGUUGCGAGUAUUAACCAGUUGAACAAUGAAGCCAUUGCCUUGCUGGAACGAGGCGAUUCCCCGACGGCGGUUGCCAUCCUCAAGAGAGCGCUAGCGACAUUGCUAGAAGCCGAAAACGAAGGUAGAGUCGUCGAAGACGCCACCAGCUCCUCCGUGGUUCAGAGCGUCCCCAUUGCGUGUAUUGAUGCCAUUAUCUAUGGCAGCACAACCUCCGACGAUGACUUGUUGGACAUGUACCCCCGCGCAUUUACCUUGGUGACCUACCAAGAUGGUGUCGGAUCCUUUCAUCAGACCAUUCUAGUCAUUCUCUACAACCUAGCACUCUCCUUUGAUGCCAUGGCGCUUGCGGCCGCCUCUAGAGAGUCCUCGGAAACGAACACCAAGUCCACAGCCGCAUGGCACAAGAAUGCCAUCAAGCUCUACGAAACAGCACUGCAAGUAGCCUGUGAUCGGGGCCGGGCAGAAGUCAAUGCCAUGAGUUGCGUAUUGCUGGCGGCCACCAACAACUUGGGGCGGUUGCAAGCACAACGCCUGUGCUUUACAGACACCAAGGACUGCCUCCGAUCGGUCAUCAAGCUCUACGAGAGUACAUCCGAUGACACACGAAGAAGAAAUGUAGAAGACUUUGAACUUUUAUUCAACAGUCUGGCUCCCUUUCUCUGUGUCAAGGACAACCUCUUGCCGGUUGCUCCGGCUGCCUAG